AUGCACUCCAAGAGGAACGUCUUGGGUGAAAUCCAACCCAGAGCUCCAGCCGCGCCUACCUCGCCACGACGACGCGCUCAGAACCCUACAAGCUCAUCGCCGCGUCUACCACACCACGAGUCACUCAGACCGGAAGGCAAUCUCUCAGUUCGUGAAAGAGCUGCCGGCAAACCGAUUGACAAUAAGCGACUGUCCACUGUUGCUGACGAGCUCGCUGCUGAAAGCAAGAGAGACUCUCAAGUGUCCACCACAUCCACAGGCUCCGGCACCAAAGCUAAGAGAAAGACUCAUGUUGGACCAUGGCAGCUGGGUAAAACUCUGGGCAAGGGAGCCACGGGCCGGGUACGUCUGGCAAAACAUCGGGACACCAACCAGAUCGCUGCAGUCAAGAUUGUCUCUAAGAAGUCCGCUGCGCUGGUUCAAAGUGCAAGUAUGGCCCGGAUGGACCACGAAGAUACAGCCUCAAUGAUUGCAACUGGUCCUCGCACAAUGCCUUUUGGUAUUGAACGUGAAGUUGUUAUUAUGAAGCUCAUCGAACAUCCGAACAUCAUCAAUCUCUACGACAUCUGGGAGAAUCGGGGGGAGCUGUACCUCGUCCUCGAGUAUGUUCCCGGCGGCGAGUUGUUCGACUAUGUCUCAAGCAAUGGGGCUCUUCCGGAGGAAGAAGCCGUCAGACUGUUCCGCCAGAUUAUCGCUGGGUUGUCAUACUGUCACCGUUUCAACAUCUGCCAUCGAGAUCUUAAGCCGGAAAACAUUCUCCUGGACGACAAGCGCAACAUCAAGCUAGCCGACUUCGGGAUGGCAGCUCUCCAGCCCGAUGGCACAUGGCUGAACACCUCAUGUGGCAGUCCACACUACGCCGCUCCUGAGAUCAUCCAGGGCAACCAGUACCGUGGAGACUUGUCCGACAUCUGGAGCACAGGAAUCAUCUUAUUUGCAAUGCUCAAUGGUUUCUUGCCCUUCGAUGGUGGCACAUUGCCCAAUACUCUCCGACUGGUCAAGCAAGGAGCUUACCACCUACCACAGACUCUGAGUCCGGAAGCCCAAGAUCUGAUCCAGCGUAUUCUCCAGAAGCGACCGGAAAGAAGAAUCACCAUGGAGAAGAUCUGGGAACAUCCGCUCCUCACGAAGUACGAGAAGUACCAUGCCAGCCUAGCCGCACCAGCACCACUCAUUGGUGCCGCUCCCCCUUUAAGCACUGAAGCCCGUGCUAGGCGCGUCACGAAGCGUUCAGAGAUCGAUGGCGACAUCCUGAGGAAUCUUUCGACCCUGUGGCACGGGGAGAAGCCGGAUGAGCUGGUUCGACGAUUGAUGAGUGAGGAACCUAAUCACGAGAAGCUCUUUUACUGGGCGUUGAUCAGAUUCCGAGACGAUCAGCUUGAGAACUAUCCAGGUGAUCCGCUUCAUCACUCUGCAAGUGACUAUCACCACGUCAGCAAACCGCCAGCCAAGCCCAAGCGUGGCCACAACCGCCGAGCUUCUCAGUUCUCCAUUGUUAGUGAUGACAACAACAAGAGGGACGGGUAUUAUAAGAACUCUGCCACGGCGGCAAGCAAAGCUACGCAAAGCAGUUAUGAUCCAUAUCGCGCUUCCAGGACUCCUAUUGACCGAGAUGCCCCGGAACCUCCCACAGUCGUUAUCCGCCAUCGCCCAACCACUCCUGGAGGCCGUUCUGUGAGCUCCGCCGGUAGCGUCAGAUAUCGCGCCGUGGAUAGAAUGCGACCUGAAGUACCUGCACUGCCCACGUUCACGUCCGAAGAACUUGAGAAGCUCAUUUCAAAGAAGCGUGCCUCAUAUUCUACUGCAACCUCGAAGAGCUCUUUGUCGUCGAGCACGAGACGCGUACCAGGCAUCAGAAAGUCAGUCAGCUACAAGCGCCAGGUCAGCUUUCAACAUCGUCGUCAGAACUCUUCUGGCCCUGCCAACCGACAAGCUCGACCUUUGUUCUCCGAGAGUCGCCUGUCUGAUCGUCCAGUGACUAGAAGUACCACGAACGGGAGUCAGAGCAACCCUAGCCUAUCGACACCGGCACAAGUGUCCCGCCCGCGUAAGUCCAGCUCGGACAUCGACAUGAAAAAGCAGCGCGUUGCCAGUUCCUACUUCAAAGACGAGACACGAAAGGUCAGCGCAGAGCUUGGCAAGAUUUGUGAAGAGGCAUUCAAUCGGUCAUCGGUAUCUACUGUUAGCGAAGCCAGUCCGGCUGCUCCCAUGGACUCGUCGGCGACUUCAAUGGCGGCACAUGAUUACAAAGUUCCGGAAAGCAUCCGCAACAGACCACUUCCUGCAACUCCAGUGCUACAGGAACUUUCUGAGCGCCGACAGAAGAUCAUUGAAACCUGGGGAGAUGCCGAUCCAUCUGUUCUUGUCGACAUGCUCGCUGCUCUUGACAGACGCAUCGACGCUGAGUUCGAGAAAAUGAGAAGUUGCGAUAAGCGAGCAGCAUCUGACCCAACUCACAACACUAGAUACUAUUCCGGCAUGACCCCUGCAGACACUAUGGCAGAUCUCAGACGCAAUCGUGACGAAGUUUCCCGAGCAGCAUCGGCCCCUGUCAAGUUCAAGACACCUGGCUCCAAGCAGGAUGCUACCAUACGCCUGGUCACACCUGAUCCGACGUCCCCUUUCCCUCGUGCAGAACCAUUGAGGGUCAAGAAGAACAAGGUUGCUCUCAUCAAUUCGCUGAGAGGCGGUCCAUUGGAAGCAUAUGAGCGUGAUGGGUAUGAUCCACGUCUGUAUGCAAGACGGGAGCUCGACACUAUCGAUGAGAAUCCAAGCUCGCCGAAGAAGAAGAACUUCCCAGCGAACGGCCCUCGGAAAUGGUCGUGGCUUGGAAAACGUGGUUCCGGGACGCAGGAUGCGCCAGAGCCCAACAAGUCUUCCGAGGAUGUUUCUCAAGAGGCGCUCUCAAACGCAUCCCAAGUUGUCCAACCGAGCGAGUCUGGCAAUCCUUCCACGCUUUCGACCGCGAAGGUCAGUGAGCCCCAGACAACGGACAUUGAAUUGCAUAUGGAGAAGAAGAGAAAAUGGUUUCAGAAGAUGUUUGCCAAGUCAUCGCGAUUCAAAGACGGUGAUUUAGCAACUACAGGCGACCAUCGCAUCGUGCGAGACCUAUCCGAGGGGACAGAAUCAACCCAUGACCCAGCAGAGACGAAGGCGGUCGCUCGAAUAAGCUACCCUCCUGCUACGAGCGUUGACGCAGCUUCGGCUGCGGCUGCCGUUGGCCCCAUCGAGGUCAACCAGAACUGGUUUGCCAAGUUCUUCCACAUCAAACCCGCGACGCGAGUAAUGUGCCUUGUCAUCAGCAAAGCCAAGGCGAAGAAAGAGCUCGUCAAGAUCCUCAAGGAAUGGCGGAAGUUUGGUUUGAGAGACGUGGUGUCCGAAAGACGAAGUGGCACUGACCUUGUGCGUGGACGUGUUGAUGCAUCAAACUACCUCAAGCUCAAACCAGUCCACUUUCAUGCAUUUCUAUAUUCCGUUCUUGAACAUGGCCGAAAGGCAAAUCUGAGCAUCAUGAAAUUCACCCAAGAAAAGGGCGCAGCCAGCAGUUUUUACAAAGUUGUCGACACACUUGAGACACUGCUCAAAGAGCGCGACAUGCUCGUCGUCAAUGCGCAGCGCAAGAAAGGCAUUGAGAGAAGCAUGAAGGAAGCGGGAUUGUGA